GUUAUUGGAGUUAAGGGCUCAAGAAGUGAGGAAACACAGUUUAAGGUUGUUUUGCCUUCCCAGGGAAAGGGCAAAGCAAAGGGAAAAAAUUUCGAUUGCUUUGCUUGUUGUCAUAACCAUGGCAUCGUUUGGGUCCCUCAAAUCCACCAUUUUCGACAAAGAAGAGAGGAAACAGCAAUAUCAGUGGCAUAUUCGGGGCCUUAAUGCAUUCGAUCGUCACAAGAAAUUCAUCAAUGAUUAUGUUAAUUUUUAUGGAAAAGAACGACCUUCAAACUUGAAGUUGCCUAUUAAAACAGAUCAAGAUACAUUAAGAGAAGGAUACAGAUUCAUCCGGUCAGAGGAAGAUGACAUGAAUCCAUCGUGGGAACAAAGGCUAGUCAAGCGUUAUUAUGACAAGCUUUUUAAGGAAUACUGCCUCGCUGACAUGUCAAAUUACAAGAGUGGUAAGAUUGGCCUCAGGUGGAGGACAGAGAAGGAAGUCAUGUCUGGCAAAGGCCAGUUCAUAUGUGGUAACAAACAUUGCAAUGAGAAAGAUGGUUUAGCAAGCUAUGAGGUGAACUUUUGUUACUUUGAAGCUGGAGAAAACAAACAAGCCCUAGUUAAAUUGGUAGCAUGUGAGCGAUGUGCAUGCAAACUCAACUACAAGAGGCAGAAAGAAAAGGAGCAGUUAGAAAAAAGGCAACAAGAUCAAGAUAGACGAAAGAGGAGUCGUUCAAAGAGUGAUGAUGAUCUAGAUGAUUACGAAGAAAGCAACGAGAGAAGGAGAAAAGGCAAAAAGGCUUUGACUUCAUCCAGUGAUCGUAAAAUUGAUGGUGAUGAUGAUGAUGAUGAUAACUUAGAUGAGUUUCUUGAGGGUAUGUUUCCUUGAUCUUGGCUUAUUGACUGUCACAACUUAAAAGUGCUUCCGUGCAUCAAAGCUGAGCAAACAGAAAAAGGAUAGGGUUGCAUGUGUAUAGUGUUGUGUCUGAAUAAUGAAAAUUGCUUAGCAGAAUGAUCUGCUUUAUGAUCCUAAUCUCUAAACUCUAAAUCCUAAACCCUAAAUCAUUUAUAAUGGAUAAAAGUUUGUUGUUUGAUGUAUUUUUAAUGAAAAGAGCAUGCAGCAGCGUAUUUUGAUGUUAUGGUUUUUGUAUGUGACUUCAAAAUAUGAUAAAAUUUGAAGUAUGUCAUGUU